CAACACUCUUUCUGUGUUCCUUCCUCAACUCGCUACUUCUGUUUUCCUUCUUUUCCAUAUUGUAUAAAGUCCAGGUGAGGAAUUUAUGGAUUGAUAACUUGCAUUUCCAACAGAUGGAGUCCUUUACUUUUCAUGGCUGUAUCUAUUCUCUUUGCCAUUCUUCUUUGUACAUGCGUUGCUGGGUUCGUUGUAGAUGUCUCUUGUUGAUCCUGCUUCCCUGUAUUAUUCUUUUUUUUAUUUUAUUUCCUAUAUUCUUAUAUAGCGACACUCAUUCGUAUCCUUCAUAUCAGACCUGUUCUCCUCAUACAUGCAACCAUUCCAUCAUCAAAUACCCCUUUAACGAUUGCAGCCAUACUACUGCUCAGUGCAGAAGAAAUCAAACCAGUGUAUUAGAUUUACCUUCUAUGAAGGGGUUCUGUAAUGGAGAUACUUAUAGGGUAGUGGGAGGGAUCACAGAAUCAUCCUAUACAAACAGAACCGUUCAUGUCACUUGUGAUCAAAACCUUUUGGAUGGUUGCGCUGGCACAUUCAAUGAUGUUAGAUUUUUUGAUGAUGAAUUUUAUCUUUCUGAUAAAUACAAAUGGGGAACCGUUAUUAUAUGUAAUAGGGAACCUGCCUACAGCAACAUUAUCCAGAGCAUUAAGUGUUUGGAAUGUAGAAGCAGAAAUGAUUUAUGCUACUUCGUUCCUUGGAAUUUAGCAUCAUAUUAUUAUCCUUCUCAAUUAUCCGCUGCUGAUAAAAGUUGUGGAGGCCAAUACGCCGUUGUCAUUCCCAGCAAUAAAAGCUACAAAAUCACUGAUGAAAAAAUACUGAGGGAGCGCUUCCACAAGGGAUUUGAAGUCAAAUGGGAUAUCAGCGAUCAGUGCUCUUCUUGUGAAAUAUCAGGCGGGAUAUGUUAUCAUGUUUUUCGAAUUUCAGGGUGCAUUUGUCCAGACGGUCCCCAUAAAUACAACUGCUCUGAUGGAAAACUUCUCGACGAGAAGAAAUGGUGGAUGACCUCAAAAUUUAAAGCAGCUAUAGGUGUUAUUUCUGGUAUCUUCAUUAUAUCAACAAUCAUCUUGAUUUGGCGAAGAAUUAAUAGAAAGAAAAGAGAGCAGCAAGAGGAGCUGGACAUUGAAGGCUUUAUGGAUCCCCUCGACUCCAGACCAUUUUCAGUUGAGAACUUUUUACAUGCAGCAAUUCCCACUAGAUAUUAUUAUCAUCAGAUCAAAAGAUAUACAAACAAUUUUGCAGUGAGACUUGGCCAAGGAGGUUUUGGUACAGUUUUCAAAGGUGAGCUUCCUAAUGGAUGUAUAAUAGCAGUUAAAAUUCUUGAAAAAUCAAAAUACAGUCGAAUCCAAUUCCUGAAUGAAGUGGUUACCAUUGGAAGGAUCCACCACUUGCAUCUGGUGCGGCUUCUGGGUUUUUGUAUCGAGGGGUCUAAAAGAGCUUUGAUUUAUGAGUAUAUGGUCAAUGGUUCCCUCGAAAAAUAUAUUCAUGGAGAUGAUCAAACUGUAUUGAAUUGGAAACAGUUGCACUCCAUUGCAAUGGGCACAGCUCGUGGGAUUGCAUAUCUACAUGAUGAAUGUCGAAAUAGGAUAUUGCACUGUGAUAUAAAACCCCAUAAUGUAUUGUUGGAUGCCAACUUUUCUCCAAAGGUCGCAGAUUUUGGUCUGGCAAAAUUAACAAAUAGAGAAGAUAGCCACGUUUCACUAACAGGUGCUGGAGGAACCCCUGGCUACGCGGCUCCAGAAGUGUGGUCCAAAACUAAUGGGCCAGUGACCGACAGAUCAGAUGUGUAUAGUUAUGGUAUGUUGGUGAUGGAGAUGGUGGGAGGAAGAAAGAAUCUUGACAUAAAAGCAACAAGAUCUAGCAAAUUUUACUAUCCAGAGUGGGCAUUUAAACAAGUGGAAAUGGGAGCAUUUGAAAAGUUAAGAGGUAAAACUAUAGAAGAUGAUGAAGAAGUUGUUAUAGCAAAGAAGUUGAGCAUGCUAGGACUGUGGUGCAUUCAGUACGACCCUUCUCAACGGCCUCCUAUGAGUAGAGUUAUUCAAAUGUUGGAAGGAGCUGUUGAUACCGUCAUUCCUCCUCAGCCUUUUCCUGUCGAUACACCAGUCCAAAUAACAGAGUUUGUUGAAUCAUCGUCUAGCAUGUGAUGUGUACUCACAUGUUCUCGUUCAUGGCAUAUCAUCUAUACCACAUUCCAUAUUUUAACGGCUCUAUGUAUGUUGAUCUCAACCGUCAGCAUUAGUAGCCCAUCAGCUUGUUAAUUAAUUUAUGUAGGGAAUAUAAUCUAUCAGGGUAGUGCUGCCGGGAACUCUUGUUUUGUAAUAGUGAAACUCUGUGUCCAGAAAUAUAUUUUUGCGUGAUAUAUAAACACGUAUCCCUUCUUUCAGUUGUAGAGAACAAAAAUCUUCCUUAAAUUGAUUAAAAAGUCUCUUUUUAGGGAAAGCA